AGAAUUGUCAAAGAUCUUCACGUUUAACAAGCUCGCUGCAGUUGGGAAACAUCAGCUCCCAUUUAACUCUCCAGCCCCUCUGCGGCUUCUCUCUCCCCCCUUACCCUCCUUCUCCCCCCCCUUCCUCCCACCCCUCCUCCUCCUUCUCCUCCGCCUCCUCUUCCUCCUCCCUACCCCCUUGAUGUGUUUAUUGGGGGGCUUGGAACAGCCAGAGGAGGCAAGCGAGGGGGGGAAAAGAGCCCUGAGAAGCGCCGGCGAUGGAAGAACUUACAGCUUUUGUUUCCAAGUCGUUUGAUCAGAAAGUGAAAGAGAAAAAGGAGCUCAUCACAUACAGGGAGGUUCUGGAGAGCGGACCUGUCAGGGGAGCCAAGGAGUCAGGAGGCUCCAGCGAGCCCAGCCGGGAGGACGGCAGCAGCCCGGUGAUCCGGGUGGCUGGAGGAGGCGGAGGCGGCGGCGGAGGAGGAGGGGGGCGAUCGCCGGUCCGGGAGCUGGACAUGGGCGCCGUCGACAGGACCAGGGACGCGGCAGGCACUCCCAAGCUCAGCGAAGUUUCCCCAGAGCUGAAGGAUCGCAAGGAGGAUGCCAAAGUGAUGGAAGACGAAGGGCAGACGAAGAUCAAGCAGAGGAGAAGUCGGACCAAUUUCACCCUGGAGCAGCUGAACGAGCUGGAGCGCCUCUUCGACGAGACCCACUAUCCCGAUGCUUUCAUGCGGGAGGAGCUCAGUCAGAGGCUGGGGCUGUCUGAAGCCAGAGUACAGGUAUGGUUUCAGAACAGAAGAGCAAAGUGCAGAAAGCAAGAAAAUCAACUGCAUAAAGGGGUCCUCAUAGGAGCCGCCAGUCAGUUUGAAGCGUGUCGAGUUGCCCCCUAUGUGAACGUGGGCGCUUUGCGGAUGCCUUUCCAGCAGGAUAGUCAUUGCAACGUGACGCCCUUGUCCUUUCAGGUGCAGGCGCAGCUGCAGCUGGACAGCGCCGUGGCGCACGCGCACCAUCACCUCCACCCGCACCUGGCCGCGCACGCGCCCUACAUGAUGUUCCCGGCGCCGCCCUUCGGCUUGCCUUUGGCCACGCUGGCUGCGGAGUCUGCUUCGGCCGCUUCGGUGGUGGCCGCAGCCGCGGCGGCCAAGACCACCAGCAAGAACUCCAGCAUCGCGGACCUCAGACUCAAAGCCAAAAAGCACGCAGCUGCUCUGGGCCUGUGACUCUUCCUCCCUGCUGGGCACGCUGCAAUCCCACCGCAAACCAGGCCGCCGCGACCCACGGGCGGCGGUCCAGGGGGAAGUGCCGGUGCUGGGGCUGUUCGAUUCCCCCUCUAAGACUUCCUCCCGCGCCCCCCGAUCUGUACUAAACAGAGACCAUAAUUCAUCCAGAGAGUGCACGCUGGUUUUUUCCCCCCGCGCUACUUAAAAUGUGAAAUAUAAGACAAAAAGAAAAUUCCACCGGGAAAAAGCCACCACGAGGUGAUCACUGCAAAAAGAAAUAACUAUAAAGGAAGGUGAUCAACCUGGGAGAGAAAUAAUAAUAAUAAUAACAACAAAAAGAUAUAUGUGUGUGUUAAAAUGGAGAAAAAACAACCUACUACUAAUAUGGAGAAGAGAAAGAUACUCAGAAACUGGAGGGAAGAUAUUUAAAGAAUUAGAUGAAAUAGACACGCAGCUGGGAAAUUCACAGGUUUUGAAAUUGACCUUUUUCUGCGAAGUUCACUUUAAUACAAGAAAUUUGAUAAGAGAGGCGGGCCUCCUUUUCACGUUGCAUCAGAUACUUGAGUUUCACAGCCACAGUCUGGAAACGGAGAUGAGAAGGGAAGAAGAAGAAGACGACGACUUUUAAAAGAGGGGAAAAACAUUAAACGGGGAGAGAGAGACAAUUAUUUCUCUGCCGUUUUCUAAGGGAACACUGAUCGGGAUACUUCUGCUAGCAGAGUUCCGGGUCUGCAUGUAUUUUGUUUUAUUUUUCCUUGGCGUCCCUUGGAUCACUUGCACUUCACUUUAGGAGAAAAAUCAACAUAUUAAAGCAAGCCUACGUCGCUGAUUCCGGGAUUUUCCCGGUUUGAGGGAAUGGGUGGGGGGAGGGGAAAAAGGGUACCUCCAGUCAUUUAAACUUAGUCCCACUGAGUUCCACUGGUCUUGCUCCCCAGUAAGCGUGUUGAGGAUUGAAGCCUACUUAAUAUUUAAGGCUCAGUUCUCUGCAUCGUUACUUGGGAAGAAACUAAGUUGAACACAGUGAUUUUCUUCCGAACAAAUAUGCAUAAGAUCGGGGUCCACCCCACAUUUCAAAUAAAGGGGCAGUUUAGUCGGGACUAGUUUAAAUUCCAUUGAUUUCAAUGGGAUUUGUGCGCGAGGAACUGAAUGUGGACUAGAGCUUCAAGAUUUGUGGAGUUGGUUUUGAUUUCCAGUUUUGAUAAGGGCUGAAGGGGGAAAAAGUUAAUUUAUUUUCUUCCUUCCCUCUGUCUGCUCACCAUAAAGAGUGUGUUACAUUCACCCCUCACCCGCGAUCUUCCACAAUGCCACUUCCAAAUAAUGACAGCAGGUACUAAGUACAUGUAAAAAGGAUGUUGAUACGCACCAAUGUUUCUUCAUCUGAUCUCAUAAAGGUGGAUCCAUUCCCGUAAUCUUGUGAUAUAUAUAUUUUUCCUUUCGAAAGGCAUAUAUAAUAGCUAUAAUUUGAGGGACCACGAAGUAGCUGGUACUGUCGUCCACUCAAAGCCUUCCAGAACUGAGUGCUCUUUUGCCAAUAAAAUAAAAAGAGGGGUGGGGGAAGGGGGGAAGAGGAUAAAUCUCCUUGCAAGUCGAACUCUGCUAGGAACAGAGCUUUGUAAUUAUUUGUUCUCCAUGAAAACAAACAAAAAUUAUUUAUAUUUGAUCGUAUUUUUUCUAGUGUAUUUUAAGUUAUUUAAGGAGAGGGAAAGAAAGAAAAAAAUCCGAGAAAAAUAUGCUGUUACUUCAUUGACAUGUUGUUGUCAGCACGAUAUAUUUUGUUCCACUCAGGUUUGCUUCGCUUUUGUUCAUUCAUUGUUGACGUCACAAUGUUUCAAUAAGUGCCAAGUUAUGAAUUGAAGACACUUUGCAAUCUAUUGAAUGGGAAAAAAGUAAAGUUUUAGCUGAUGGUUUCGCAUAACUUCUGUUCCUGUUCCUAUUAAAUCAGUAGUGCCAUUUUA